CCUGCACAACCAAAAUGAAGGUGACCAGGGUUUGAUAUGGGGGGUAGAAUAAUUAUUACCCCCCAAAUCUAGUCAGCCCGCAUUAACGAAACUGAGCCGUUGAGGCAGAUACCGGAAACUCACAGCGCAACGUAAUCAGUGAUACUAGAUUUCUGACCUCCAAUAAAAGCACCCAAAGUUUACUUAACUGCCCUUUAUUCGCACAUUGGUUCCGCGACUCAGCUUCGACGCCCCAUCUGUGUAACGCCUGAGGUAUCCAACAAAAUGUCUGACGCAAACGCAACCACACCACGAGUCUUCCUCGCCAGACACGGCGAGACCGAAUGGACCAUCAACGGCCGCUGCACCGGCAACGCUGAGAUCCCUCUGACGGAAAAUGGCAUCUCCCAAGUCAAAGGCACAGGUGAAGCAUUGGUCGGACCAGGAAAGCUCAUCGAUCCGUCCAAAUUAGCGCACGUCUUCACUUCACCUCGUCAGCGUGCUGUUGUUACAUUAGAUAUGCUUCUCGGGCCCAUCCAUAAAGAUCGCUUGGAGAAGGAGGGCAAAGUCACCGUUACAGAGGAUAUCACUGAGUGGGAUUAUGGAUCUUAUGAGGGUUUGAAGCCGCAUGAGAUCAAAGAGAGCAGGGCUGAGAGGGGACUACCCAAGUGGGAUAUCUGGACCAUGGGUUGUGAGGGUGGGGAAUCCGCCGAAGAAGUGCAAAAGCGUCUUGAUCGGCUCAUCGGGGAGAUUUACAAGUUGCAGACCCCACACAUGGAUGGAAAAAGUGGCCAACCUGCGGAUGUCCUGAUUGUUGCUCACGGUCAUAUCCUACGCGCAUUCACAAAGCGAUGGCUCCUCUACCCUAUGGCUUUCCAGUUCACGAUGAUGAUGGAGCCAGGCGCCAUUGGUAUCAUGAGUUACGCCCAUCAUAAUGUUGAGGAGCCUGCUAUUCUGGUUGGCAUGGCUUUUCCCCAGACCAAAUAGGUUAUGAGGUUACCCUGCAAACCAUUAUCAUGACUUUGGCAUUCAACCUGCGAAUGAUCAGGUUUAAAAUCCUAUAAUAGAAUCUAUUUCAAGAUCCCAAAGAACGAUUCAGCCGUUAAUUUCUCUCAGCCACCUUGCCCUACUUCUAGAGAGUAGCGACCAUGUUAGGAAGGUUUAUGGCCUGACAAUCAAACCGCAUAGCUACAUUCGUUACUCUAUAUUAGAACAAUCCAUAUAUUAUACUAUACAGCAGGCG